GUCUUCACCAUAGACUGUGGUCAUCACUGUGUUGAGCGGUGAGCGCUUGCUCUCUGGCCAAUCCGCGGCAAGAAUACUGAUACGUCAUGAGAUCAACCAAUGAACGCUUACGUCUUUCUCAACGAAAAUGGCGUCUGUUAUAUUGUGAAGCGGAGGAGCUACAAACAACGCUAUCUUUUAUGUAUUGAAAAGCUGAAAAAGUCAGGAUGAAGGUGGUCAAUCUGAAGCAAGCUAUUCUACAGGCAUGGAAGGAAAGAUGGAGUGACUACCAGUGGGCUAUUAACAUCAAGAAAAACUUUCCAAAGGGAGCAACAUGGGACUACCUUAAUCUAGCAGAGGCCCUGAUGGAGCAGGCGAUGAUUGGUCCCUCUCCUAACCCCCUUAUUUUGUCUUACCUGAAAUAUGCUAUAAGCUCCCAGAUGGUGUCUUAUUCCAGUGUGCUGACAGCCCUCAGCAAGUUUGAUGACUUCUCUCGGGAGCUGUGUGUCAAAUCACUGUUGGACAUAAUGGACAUGUUUUGCCAUCGUCUCAGCUGUCACGGGAAAGCAGAGGAAUGCAUCGGGCUGUGUCGGGCUCUGCUGGGAGUGGUAGUGUGGCUGCUGCAGGGCUGCGCCUGGUACUGUGAGAAGCUGAGAGAACUGGGUCCAUCUCCCAGCACAGAGGCCAGUCUGAGAGCCUGCCAGGAGAGGCUUCACAAUCUGAUGAGCAGCACCAAGAACAGAGCCCUAGUCCACAUCGCUCGGCUGGAGGAACAAGGUUCCUGGAGCAAUGUAGAGCAAUCAGUGCUGAAAGUGACUGAGGGCCUCAGCAGCGUACCCAACUCGACACUGAGAACUAAAUUAGAGGAGAGCUUGUCGCUAGUAAAAGGUAUUCCCCUGAUGCUGUCCGAGCAGAGUGACCCCACAGUCCACGCCUCCUUCCCUUCAGUCCACGCUUUUAUCAUGCUGGAGGGGACCAUGAAUCUGACAGGGGAGACACAGCCACUAGUGGAGCAGCUGAUGAUGAUCAAGAGAAUGCAGCGAAUCCCUGCUCCUCUUUUUGUCCUGGAGAUCUGGAAGGCCUGCUUCACUGGCCUCAUCGAGUCACCAGAGGGCACAGAGGAGCUCAAAUGGACUGCCUUCACAUUCCUCAAGAUCCCACAAGUUCUGCUCCGACUAAAGAAAUAUCCUCAGGGUGACAAAGGACAGGACUUCAUGGACGACGUGAAUAUUGCAUUCCAGUAUUUACUCAAACUCACCCCACUACUGGACAAAGCUGAUCAGAGAUGCAAUUGUGACUGUCUUGGCAUGCUCCUGCAGGAGUGUAACAAGCUCGGCCUGCUGUCGGAUUCAAAUACAGCCUGCCUCACUGCAAAACGGACCGAGGACAGGGAGUUCGCCCCAAGGUUAAAGACUGCAGAAAAUGCUAACAUCCAGCCCAACCCGGGUCUGAUCCUGCGAGCUGAGCCCACUGUCACCAAUAUUCUCAAGACAGUAGAUGCCGACCACUCCAAGUCCCCUGAGGGCCUUUUGGGGGUCCUGGGACACAUGUUGUCUGGAAAGAGCCUAGAUCUUCUCUUAGCAGCAGCAGCAGCCACUGGAAAACUCAAAUCCUUUGCCCGCAAGUUCAUUAAGCUCAAUGAGUUUCCAAAGCACAUCAGCGGCGAAGGAUCCAAGUCUGCGUCAGUGCGGGCUCUGCUCUUCGACAUCUCCUUCCUCAUGCUCUGCCAUGUGGUGCAGACGUACGGCUCUGAGGUGAUUCUUUCUGACCCCAGCCCUUCCGGGGAGACGCCCUUCUUUGAAACAUGGCUGCAGACAUGUAUGCCUGAAGAGGGCAAGACUCUGAACCCAGACCACCCCUGCUUCAGACCAGAGCCUGGCAAAGUGGAGAGCCUGGUCACCCUGCUGAACAACUCCUCAGAGAUGAAGCUAGUUCAGGUGAAAUGGCAUGAAAUCUGCCUCAGCACGCCAGCAGCCAUCUUGGAAGUUCUGAAUGCGUGGGAGAAUGGUGUUCUCUCUGUGGAGGCAGUACAGAAGAUCACUGACAACAUCAAGGGGAAGGUCUGCAGUAUGGCAAUCUGCGCAGUUGCCUGGCUGGUUGCCCAUGUCAGGAUGCUGGGGAGGGAUGAGAGGGAGAAGCCCCAAACUAUGAUCCGACAGCUUGUGACCCCGCUGUAUGGGGAGAACACCCUGCAGUUUUACAAUGAACGCGUAAUCAUUAUGAGUUCCAUCAUGGAGCACAUGUGCGCCGACGUCUUCCAGCAAACGGCCGCGACCCUGCGCCCCCCAGUGGAGGGCCAGGAGCCUAUCCCCUACCGCAACCUGCUUCCGGCCAAAGACCCCAUCCACAUGGCCCUCAGCAAGCAGUUCCAGGUGGUGCUGCGCAAAGGCUGGGUGGACAGCCGGGCCCUGCAUCUGUUUGAGAGUCUUCUCAACAUGGGAGGGGUCUUCUGGUUCACCAACAAUUUAGUCAAGGAGCUGCUGAAGGAGACUCGACAGGAGUGGGCCGACCGGGUGGUGGAGUUACUCUACAGCAUCUUCUGCCUGGACACUCAGCAGAUCACCCUCACCCUGCUGGGCACCAUACUUCCUGACCUGCUCACAGACUCCGCCCACUGGCACAGCCUGGCAGACCCACCUGGAAAGGCACUGGCCAAGCUGUCUGUGUGGUGCGCGCUCAGCUCUUACUCCUCUCACCACAAGGGCCCAUUCUCAGCUCGUCAACGCAAAAGGCAGCGAGAAGACAUUGAGGACUACAACAGCCUCUUUCCUUUGGAUGACACACAACCCUCUAAACUCAUGCGCCUGCUCAGCUCCAACGAGGAUGAACCUGCUGCCCUUUCCAGUCCAGGAGACCGAUCGAUGAGCACUUCCCUCUCUGCCUCCCAGCUCCACACCGUCAACAUGCGAGACCCUCUCAACCGAGUCUUGGCAAACCUCUUCCUCCUCAUUUCCUCCAUCUUGGGCUCCAAGAUGGCGGGACCUCACACCCAGUUUGUGCAGAGCUUUAUGGAGGAGUGCGUCGAGUGCCUGGAGCAGGGAAGUCGCGGAAGUAUCCUGCAGUUCAUGCCCUUUACAAUGGUUUCUGAGCUGGUGAAGCUGCCUGCUCUGGCCAAACCUAGAGUCGUCCUAGCGAUCACUGAUCUGACUCUGCCGCUGGGGAGGAGAGUAGCUGCCAAAGCAAUCUCUGCCUUGUAAACUGUGGGUUACCUCAGUGCAAAAUUAACCCUCCUCUGGCCCAGUGUCUCAGUGGGUGAAGUAGAGCUGACUAAACAACCCCAACGUCAUGUUUAACUUCUCUUGUGAGUAGCUCUGAACCUGGAUGGCUCAUCUAUUUAAAGGGAUUGUUCAUUGGAAACACCGUAUCUAUAAUCAUGUCUCUGUAAACACUGUUUUGCUAUUCUUUUUUAUGUUCUUUUUCACUUAAAGAAAUGUGUAAAUAAGUUUUAAAAUAAAAAACACACAAUGAA